AUGCAUCCAUCGAAAUUCCUGGUAAACUCUUCUAAUUGCUCGGUUGGUCACGAUGUUUGCAUCAAUCUUCACCAUGAAUGUCAACAAAUUAUCAAUGACAUGAAAAGUCAAAUAUUCUUCGACCACGAUUUGGAAUAUCGUCAUCUCAUGUUCCUCUUGAACAAUCGUACAACCAUUGAAUAUAAACUAAUUGAGCUGUUAUUCGAUCGGAUCAAUCAAUUAAACGUACCAUCAGAUGUUCGUGAAAGGUUGCUUUGUAAUCUACACGAGGUUAGCAUGGCUUUCACUCCUGUCGAUAUCUACAUUGACAACAAUAAUCGUUUUCGUCCUGAUUCUGACUCUGAAUCCGAGGGAGAAUUACUUGUUGAUCAUCCAAAUGGUGAUAUCAAUUUGACUCAUAGUAGUUAUGAAUAUGACGUUCCAGAAAACCUCACACUCGAAGAAUAUCAACUGGAACAUAGUAUCAGUGCAAUCUCCCAAAAUCUUACCAAUCAAGAUGAAAAAACAAAACCGACGACAUNUUUCACUUCGAAUGAAGCAUUAGACAAAGUUAAUGAAAUGUUACAUACGGCUAAUAAUUUGCACCCGAACAUUAAACUGAUGCGCAACAUUGGCUGCGAUGUGUCAUUUUUGGAUGUUCAUAUCGAAAACAAGAAUGGCACCUUGACAACAUCAGUUCAUCAUAAGGAAGCAGCUGAACCAUAUGUGGUACCGUUUACAUCUGAUCAUCCAAAAAAUGUAUUCGGAAAUAUCAUUCAUACUGCUCUUUUACGAGCAGUUCGGUACUCCUCGACAUUAUCCGUAUUCGACGACGAACAACGGUUCAUCAAAUUGAUGCUAUUUGAAAAAGACUUCGUCAAGAGGCGCCGUGAAUUAUUGAAUAAACCAACUAUUCAGGGAAUUGCCAUACAAUCAAGUAUCUACAAAGCAUCACGUGGCUCCAAUGAAGAAUCUAUGAGUGAGUCCAUGGUUCAAUUCCAUAAAACAGGUUCAUCUAAAUGGGAUUCAAACAUGAUUAUCCAUUACUCACAUGAAAGUCGACUGUCUACUUACGAAAGGGAUGUUCAUCAACUAUGGAAUCAACACUUUCGUCAAACUUCAGUGAUCAAUACACGACUGACCAUAGGAACCAAAAACAAUCCCAAUUUGACCAAACGACCUCUACGACGCCCACCAAAUCGUCAACAACGAGCACAGAACGAGAAAAGCUGA